GAGCAUCUGUGACAUUCAUUCCCUCAAACUUGCGAAAAAUUUGACGUUUCAAUGUACAUGUUUUGUUGAGAAAUCUGUUUGAGUGUGUCAAAUUAUUGUGUCUCACUGUUAAAAGGUGCAAAAUGGCAGCGAAAGAAAGUUUUCCGAAGAUGACGUUAAAUUUGGAUUUACCUUCAUAGAAAAAGUUACAAUUGCCUCAGUGUGUGUGUACAACGAGUUGCUGUCACUUGUAUCUCCCUUGAUUAAGAAGAAAGAUACACAAAUGAGAACAGCUAUAUGCCCACACGAAAGACUGACAGCUACUUUGAGAUUCUUAGCAACUGGACAACCGUAUGAGUGUCUAAAAUAUUCAACUAGGAUUUCACCACAAUCUCUUGGACAAAUUAUUCCUGAUACAUGUGUGGCCCUGUACAAAGUUCAGCAGAAAUACAUUAAGUUUCCCAAUUCUACAGAAAAAUGGAAAGAAAUAUCAAAGGAUUUUGAGAAUCGAUGGAACUACCCACACUGCAUAGGCGCCAUGGAUGGCAAGCAUAUUGAUAUAAUUCCCCCAAGAAAUUCGGGCUCUUAUUAUUUCAACUACAAAGGAAAGCAUAGUAUGGUUCUUCUUGCUAUUGUAGAUGCAAACUACCGAUUUCUCCUUGUGGAUUUCGGAACUAAUGGCCGCGUAUCCGACGGCGGUGUACUCCAAAAUACACGUUUCUAUGAAAAAUUAGUGGAGAAAAAUCUACAUAUUCCUCCGCCUAACGACGUAACUGAAAAUUUUAAAAAUGUCCCCUAUGUUUUUGUUGCGGACGAUGCAUUUCCGCUGAUAACUGAAAUUUUGAAGCCAUCGCAAGGCAUAUAG